AUGACUGCGCGGGGUGUGGUGCCGGAGCUGGACUUGCUGGCAGAGUACUAUCAUCACCUCAUGCGGGACCAGCGGAGCGCGGCCGAGCGGGACAGCGCCCCGGAGCCGCGCUUCUGCCUGCGCGCCCGUCGCCGGGCACGCGGCGCCGCCAUGACUGCGCGGGGUGUGGUGGCGGAGCUGGACUUGCUGGCAGAGUACUAUCAUCACCUCAUGCGGGACCAGCGGAGCGCGGCCGAGCGGGACAGCGCCCCGGAGCCGCGCUUCUGCCUGCGCGCCCGGCCCGGCUCUGACCCCGACCCCAACCCCUCCUUGCAGGACUCGAGCGGCAGACCGUUAUUCGUGAACGUCUACGGGUGGAAGCGAGUGCCCGCUCCCCGCUCCCCUAGCCACCCCGUGCCCGUCUGCGCCGGCCGCGUUCACGAGGUGUCGGGGGAGGCAGAGCAUUACAGCAUCAUGGAUGUUGCCUAUAACCCUGAAGUUCUUCAGAAGGCACAAGAGGACCAAGCAGAACUGGACCAGCUGAUCCGGCUGACACUUAAAUUCAUUGAGGAGUGUUAUAACCUGACUUUGUCGGACGCCUGCCACAUUGCACCGUUCAAACUGAAAGGGAGCCUACAAAGGAUGAGAGAGAGUCUGAUAAGAGGGCAGAUACCAGAACUGUCUCUCCAGGAGCAGGCAAGGAACGAUGGGAAAGGGCUGACACUUGACCAGCUGAUACACAGGGCAAAAGCAGAGGAGAGCCACGAUGCUAUGCUCCUGCUGAAGGAGGAGGUCAUGCAGUCUCAAGUGCCUCUGAUAGAGGAGAUUGCCAGUACGGAGGUGCCAGAAGAACUCCGCGCGCCAGUCUAUGAAUUGACUGUUGUGCCAGAUGCUAACAAGAAACCCAUAAAGAUUGAACUGAAGGUUGAACUGCCGAAAGUUAGCUCUGUUUCAGAAUGUGACCUGAGCAUUUCAAAGGAUGAUCUAGUCAUUGAUGUCCCUGAGAAAUACAGAUUACAGCUGGAUCUGCCAGAGUUAAUCAAUGAAGAAGCAGCUACAGCCACAUUCAACAAAGGGAAGUGUGUGUUGCUGAUCACAAUGCCAGUUCUCCAGACAGAAUGUUAGGGGCAGCAGGUUUUUAAGGAUGGGACGGUUGAUAGCAGAUCUCUUACCACUGGAUACAAAUUGUUAUCACUCUUCUAGGAAUCUGUUCCUAUUUAAAUGUUAAAGAGUAAUAUGAUGUAGGGUACAAACAGAACACAGGUAGCCUUAGUCUAAAGAGAUUUCAGUGUUAAAGUUUUUUUUUUUUUUUUUUUUUUAAGUUCUUCCUAGAAGUUGUAAGCAUUGAAGGGUUAUUCACAACAGUUUAUUUUAAUACAUGUAAUACUAAUUAAUAUCACCUACAUGCAAACCUUGCUAUAUAAUUUGGUUUCCCCAUAAGAAAAAGAGACUUAUCUUUGCGAAGAAAUGUUCUAUUCAUUCCCCUAGCUGCUCCCACCAGCAUUUUUUCCUCUUAAAAAAGUAGAUCAAAUGCAGUUAAGAUGCUGGAUCCAAAGCUUUUUAAUUAAUAGACUGAAGAGGCCUAGGAGAGACAAAGAAUACAAGCUUCCUGCUUUUGUUCCAUGGCAUGCCGCAGGGAAUAUUUUUUAACUUCAAAAGGAAUAGCCU